UGCCCAGGCCCUGAGGGCUCCCCGAAGCAAAGGGUGACGGAUGCGGGAGGAGCCGAGGAGGCCCCAAGAGAGGUGGGAAGGUGGGGUUCCAGACCUUUGGAUCUUCGGUCCAAAAAUAUUUAAAACGUUGAGGACAGAUAAAGAAUUGCCAACUUUCUAAACAGAGUGGAGACUUCAGCAUAUAGGUGGUCGAUAGUGGGAAUGGAAAACCCCUAAGGAGGGAACCUUGGAAACACCAGGAUUUAACAGAUUGGGAGAACAGUAAGUGUGUCCUUAAGAAGACUAUCUUUCAAGAACUACAGUCAUUGGGGGGUGAUACUAGAGUCACAAUGGAGGUUCCCCCAGCAGCCAAGUUUGGUGAGACCUUUGUGUUUGAGGACAGCUUAGAGAUGCAGCAAGAACUCUUCCCAGAGGAGGACCUGGGGGACCCUUUUCUUCAGGAAAGAGGUUUAGAGCAAAUGGCUGUUAUUUAUAAGGAGAUCCCUCUCGGGGAGCAAGAUGAGGAACAUGAUGAUUAUGAGGGCAAUUUCAGUCUGUGCUCAAGCCCUGUUCAGCAUCAGAGUACCCCCCCAGUAAACAGAUCCCAGGAUGAUGAAAUCUUCAGCCCAACCUUCUUGCAGAAAUCAGACCUUAGUAUGUGUCCAAUAACCCACAGUGGAGAGGAACCCAAUAAACACAGUUGUGAGAAGGCGAGCAGGGCACACUCAGGACCUAACGAACCUCACAGAACUGCGCCACCCGCAAAACCCUAUGCGUGUCGGGAAUGCGGGAAGGCCUUCAGCCAGAGCUCACACCUUCUCAGGCACCUGGUGAUUCACACUGGGGAGAAGCCCUACGAGUGCUGUGAGUGCGGGAAGGCCUUCAGCCAGAGUUCACACCUUCUCAGACAUCAGAUAAUUCACACUGGGGAGAAGCCCUACGAAUGUCGGGAAUGCGGAAAGGCCUUUCGUCAGAGCUCAGCCCUCACACAGCACCAGAAAACCCACACUGGGAAGAGACCGUAUGAGUGUAGGGAAUGUGGGAAAGAUUUCAGCCGGAGCUCAAGUCUCAGAAAACACGAGAGAAUCCACACGGGAGAGAAACCUUAUCAGUGUAAGGAAUGUGGGAAAUCCUUCAAUCAGAGCUCUGGCCUGAGCCAGCAUCGGAAAAUCCACACCUUGAAGAAGCCUCACGAAUGCACUCUCUGUGGGAAAGCCUUUUGUCACAGGUCCCACCUCAUUCGGCACCAGAGGAUUCACACUGGGAAGAAACCUUACAAAUGUGAAGAGUGUGGGAAGGCCUUCAGCCAGAGCUCCAACCUCAUUGAACAUCGCAAGACUCACACCGGCGAAAAACCCUACAAAUGCCAUAAGUGUGGGAAAGCCUUCAGCCAGAGCUCCUCCCUCAUCGAGCACCAGCGCAUCCACACUGGGGAGAAGCCCUAUGAGUGCGGCCAGUGUGGGAAGGCCUUCUGCCACAGCUCUGCCCUGAUUCAGCACCAGAGAAUCCACACCGGGAAGAAACCCUACGCGUGCAACGAGUGUGGCAAAGCCUUCCGGCACAGGUCAGCCCUUAUUGAGCACUAUAAAACCCACACCAGAGAGAAGCCCUAUGAGUGUAACAAAUGUGGCAAGUCCUUCAGGGGAAGCUCACAUCUUAUUCGGCAUCAGAAAAUCCAUGCUGGGGAGAAGCUCUAGAAGGAGGAGCUCACACCAAAGCUUGAAACCCUUUCCCAGAUGGAACCCACACCCCAUCGCCUUGUCUGUAAGACCCCACCCACCUCCCUGAUCCCAGGGCCGAAUGGAAAUGUGCCACCCCCAGAGCUUCUGGCCACCCACGCUGGCAGCCAGGCCCCCUCGCGCGCCCCUCCCCGGGCGCCCCACACGCAGCAGGUUUACUGAGUGGGAGGGUGGAGUAAUGGGAAGGCCGCUGAAUCAGAGGCAUGCCCAAAAAGAGAGCUGGCCUCUGAUUUGACUCCCAAGCCUGUGAGAUUGAGUUUUGCCAUCUCUUCGCCUUUGUCAAAAUCCAGAAGAAUAAACACCAGAGGGAGAAAGUUGAGUUAAACGCACAAAAAUGUCAGAUGAACUCUCUAACGUCAGCUGCAGUCUGGCACUUUGAGAAGACAGAACUGUGCUCACAGUCUGAAUCCGCUAAAGAAAAAUGAAUCCGAAAGUAGAUAUGUUAACAGCAAAAUGGAAUCUUCCAUUUGGCUUGGGCACUGUUGGGGACAACCAAAACAGGUUACAGAAGAGAGGGAGGGUCUGGAAGGAUUCAUUCUGGGUUGGGGAAGGGAGUGGUGAGCCCCUGGCAUGGUCUCUUAAUCCCUGUUCUGGGUUAGAGUAAGGGUGGUUUCUGGCAGAUGGCCUUCACAGGAUGGUAGAGGUUUGGUCCUGUAGGCCAGAGGACAUUUGACCCUGGCUUUGACUCAGCCUGGCAUAAGGCAUCAGUGCCCUCCAGUUAUAACUCCUCCACAAGACCUAGGGCUCCCAAGACCACAGUGUGCCUUGGUUGGCCCCAGGGCCCGUUUCUGGUCUAGGGGCUCUGCAGCCACCUCUCUGCUCUCCAGUGCUGGGGGACCUAGGAAGCAGGGCGAUUCAGUCAGAGGUCCCAGUUCAGAUCCCAGGUCUGCCCCUCCUACUUGUGUGAUCUUGAGGAAGCUCCAACGCUCUGUUUCCCUAUCUAUGAGAUGGAGAUGUUGGGACCUGGCCAACUCCUGCUCAGAAUGAAACCACCCAUGAAGUGCUUUGGCAACUGGCAGUUGAGGAUGGAGACCCAGAGGGACCCUUGCCCCACCCAGAGAUCUAUUUCCUAAAAGCCCAAAAGGCAUCCCUGCUGUUCCCCAGAUGGCAGGGCCUGCAGCCCACCCUCUCGUUGAACCAGGGCUUAGGCUUUUCUUCACUCCCUCCAGUCUGUAUCCUGGGCUGUGGAUGUCCUGUGGGGCCACCUCCCAGACAGGAACCCUUUCCAGAUGUCAUCCUCAACCUCUCCCCAGAAGCAGUGUGGUCUGCAUCCCCGUACUUCUGUCCUCUCUCCUCAGGCAUUACUCAAAAAGUACCAUUGCCUGUUCCCUGCCUAGACCAAUUCAGUCGGCAUCCCCAGAGGUGGGGCUCAGACAGUGGUAUGUUUUUAAAGCUCCCCAGGUGAUUAGAAUGUUCCAGUAGGUAGCCAGGAUGUGAGCUCUAUGCUAGGCAUCUUGCAACCCCAGCAUCUCCCAAAUGUCAGGCCUGCUUGCCGUGAGCAGAGUUUGAAGGUGGCCAUUCUGUCUCAGUCCCCAUGCCUCCCAUCCGCCAGGAAUGGGCUCAGGCUGUGCUGUGUCUGGCUGGUUGAGAGGUGUUUGUCCCAGGUCCUCAGGCCUUCGUGUGGCCACCGGGAUCUCUUGGGUAUUGCCUUCCCCCAGGCUCCUCCGAGGCAGGCUAAGCGAUUCUUUUUUUUUUAAAGAUUUUAUUUAUUUGACAGAGAGAUAGCGAGAGCAGGAACACAAGC